AUGUAUUAACCUAGUGUUGACUAGAAGAUAAUCUAAUCUACAACUGUUAAAACAAUCAAAGAACUCAAAAAAUUAGGAGAUUCUAGGGUUAAUUUAGAUGUUGAAGAGAAUGAAAUUAAUGAUUCCACUCUAAGUGUCAAAUACUCUUCUGAUGGAGAGACAUCAAAAACCUAGCAUAAUAAAGUUUAGAUGAUUAAACAACCAAAAGUUACAUUUCAUGCUUAGACUCAAAAUCUAAUUGGCUCUACGAAGCAAACUAUUAAUAAAUAGACUGAAGAAACAACUGAUUAGAGAAAUAGUUUAAGAAGGGUCUCUUUAAGAUAAAGUUCGCUCAAACCCUUUAAGCCUAAUUCUUAAUUAUAACUAUAAGGAAAUGAUCCAAUAGAUUUGAGUAAUGCUCUUAAUUUAGUUUUGAACAAAUGCAAAAAUAUUAAGGAAGAGUUUGAAUAAUUAUCGCUUACGAAUACUUUGAUAAACAAAUUUAUAAAAAACGACAAGCACUUUCAUUUUUCUUUCUAGGCUUUUCUUGAUGAUUUGGUUCAAAAGGGAAAGUUAUCCCAAAAUUUAAAAAAUAUUUAAAAAGCAAUCCUUUAAAAAAUUGAAUAAUUCACAAUAAAUCACGUUAAAAAAUGUAUUUAAAAAUUUCAAAUUAGUCAAUAAUUUGAAGAAAAAUCCAAAUAAAUUGAUACUCUAUUUAAUCGAUAUUAUCGAGAAUUAGCAAACUUUGAAUAAAAUAUUAAAUACUUUUGA